AUGCUCAGUUUGGUGUGUAAUGCUAGAGUGUUUUUUUUUUUUUUUCUUUGGGAGGGUGUAUGUGAUCAGCAUGGCACUGUACAGGCAGAGGGUCAGGGGUUAUGCAGCCUCAUAUGACAGUCAGAGGAGAAUGAAAACUCCUACAAGCUUUAACCAGUGCACAGCUGGCAGAAGUCACAAGACUGCUUUAUACUACUGAUGAGAAAAGGUAUUUAGCAGUUUAUAUUUACUACAAUAAUUGCAUUUCCAUUUUGUGUGUAUUGUGGGAGACUGGAUAUAGUGAAUGCAGGGUCUGUGGGAGACCAGAUAUAG